AUGGACCUGGCACUGGGAAAUGAGAGCCACGGGGGCUGGAACUCGUCCGAGGCGCGGGCGAGUGCGGACCUCUACAACUUCUGGGCGUGGAGCAUAGUCGACGGGGCGCUGAUGCUGCUCAUCGUGAGCGGGAACACGCUCACCAUCCUCGCCGUCACGCUGAGCAGGCGGCUGUCGUCGCUCGUCUCCAACCAGUUCGUCCUCAACCUGGCCGUGUCCGACCUGAUGGUGGGUCUCACGCUGCCCUACCACCUCGUGUUCUACCUCGACGACGACUUCGGCCAGGUCAAGUGGUCCUGCCUGAUGCGGUUCAUACUAAUAAUACUGGCGUGCCUCGCGUCCAUCUACAACAUCAUAGCGAUCGCCGUCGACAGGUACAUAGCAAUAGUGCACCCGCUGCACUACAGCCGCUACAUGACAAAGCUGGUGACGCGGUUGCUGAUGAGCACCACGUGGUCUGUUGCCAUGUGCAUCAGCUGUAUUCCGAUGUUCUGGAACGAUUGGCACGAAGGCGUCGCUUGCGAAAUGAAUUUGGUGGUGCCGAAGUCGUACACGACCAGCAUCCUGGCGCCUAUGUUCUCUCUUGUGUGGAUGGUGAUGUUCAUUCUUUACUGGAGGAUAUGGAGGGAGGCGACUUGCCACGCGCGUCGCAUGCGGGCUAACACGUGCUGCCCGUCCGGUGCCAACGAUUGGAAGAGCAUACAGGUGGUGUUGCUGGUGCUAGGUUCCUUCUCCAUAUGCUGGAUGCCGUUCGUGGUGGUGGCGUGCGCGCAGACGCUGCCGAUAGUGCCGCUCCACAACCCCAUCGUCUACAGGCUGACGUCGUCCCUCGCCAUGUCCAACUCGGGCAUAAACCCGCUGAUAUACGCGUGGAAGAACGCCGGCUUCAGGGCGGCGUUCGCCAAACUGCUGAGGUGCAAGCGGCCCGACACCUCAGAGUACAGGGGCUCCCCCGCUCCGGAGAGGAAGCGGGGCUCGGUGGCGCUCCGUGAGGGCUCCAUCACUCGGUCGAGCGCCCCGGCCGCUCUGGGGGGCGCCCUCGGCGGUCGACCGGCCCGGCUGCUCUACGUCGAGAGGGAGCCGGACCCAGCUAGGUGUCGCAUCAUCGAGAACGCCGGCUACGUCGAGUCGGACAGGGGAGACUCGAACCCCUCUUACGCCCCCGACGCACCCACGCCAGUGCACAAGGCGUGCCGCACCCCCGACGCGGUG